AUGGCGGAAGAGGCCGUCUUAUUUCCCACUCAAUCUAUGUUCAUGGUGGAUCGUGGCUGGCAGCGGAGCAGGAAGAAGAAGAAUACCAGUGAUAGUCACUCAGUUCUAGGGUAUGGGUCCGAACGAACCGGAGUUCCCGACGUCACAAUCACAAUUGCAAGAGAACAUCCUUCACAAUGGCCCACUUCGACUGGAUUCAAAGGUGUCAGAGGCACUACACAGGGGCAAGAACUGACCGCUGGCGCCCAAUUUAUGCAAUAUGAGCCUCCAAUCUCAUCACCAGGACAAGCUAUCGGGCGACGAAGGCGAACAGCAACAAGACCCAGAAAUGUUGUUCAAAGACGGACAGGCCUAGCGCUGCCUGCCCCAAACACAGCGUCCACUCGCAUGUCGAUGUGCUCAGCGAUGCUGAAACAAAGUAUAUCUGGGAGUGCUUCUCCGCUCUAUAGCUUUAUCGAUCCUGAAGUCAGCGACUUUCAGGAAUUCAUAUCGUAUUAUCCGACUCGGCUAGCUUCAGCAUUGCUUCCAAUCAGCAAGUAUGCUUCCGUAAGCUCGAAUGCAAUCAAGGAGAUAUGGCUCCCUGCAGCAAUCAACGAUGAAGUUUUCCUACAUGUUAUACUCCUUUCUUCCGCUAUGCACUACAUCUCAACCAUGAACUGCCAAGAUGUUGGCGACUCAAAGGUCCUCUUGAAAGUGAUAUUCGACCGACUCAACCGCCGUCUACAGACUGGGAAUUAUUCCGACACGACAAUAGGUGCCGUCUCCUGUUUGGCGCUGUGUGAUAAUAGCGAAGGCAAUCACACCCAGUGGGCAAUGCACGCGGCAGGCAUGUCAGAAAUGAUUCGCAACAGGGGUGGAAUAGCUUCCAUCCCUCCGGAGAAGCGAUUAAAGUUGUAUCGAGGCGAGGUCAUAGGGGCGGUCGACACACUUUCAAUGCCACGUUUGCCACGGCCCCCAAGGUCUACGGAGUCCCUUUACAAGGCAAUUAAAAUGACAUUUCCUCUUGAUGCUACUCUGUUAUCUGCAUUAGUUGAGUCGGACUUGACGCCGAACAUGUUUGACCUUCUCAUCGACUUGUCGUUAUUUGCACAGACUCUGAACUACGCAGCUAAAACUGGGGUCAUCAUUGAUUCCACGGCCUACGAAGAAGAUAUCACAUGCAUGCAGUACGAUCUGCUGACUUUUGAUAUGACAGGCGCCACCAUCGUGGACAGUGCUUGCAGGCUAGCAGCGUUAGCAUUCGGAAAGAGCAUCAUGCAGGAGACGCCUUUCGCGAGGACGGCUUCGAUGGAAAUCUCGCGGCAGCUGCAAAACAUUUUAACUACUCUCAGAACCGAGUGCACUAGAUCUGACCUGCUGUUCUGGGUCCAAGUCAUGGGCGCGUUAGUCUCGUCACAAACGGACGAGAAGGAUUGGUUCAGAGCCCAUCUCAGAGCUUUUGUAGGCCAAAGGGUGGAUUUGGUCACAUGGACGAAUGCAAAAGUUCUACUGGAAGCUCUGUUCUGGGUUGACUGUCUCUUUGAUGUCCAAGGAGAGCGACUUUGGCUUGAAGUAUUUGGGCCCGCUUGA